AUGCGAACGUUAGCGUGGAGAUGGGCGGCCGCAGCUUCUUUCCCUGCCCUUCACCUACCUUCUCAUCCCUCUCCACCCCUCCAACCCACCAGAGCGGCAGCAGGCAAUGCGAACGUUAGCGUGGAGAUGGGCGGCCGCAAUUUUGGAUUCGCGAGCGGCGUGGCGCCGCGGGCGCGCAUCGCCAUGUACAAGGCGCUGUGGUGGGUGAAGGAUUUCGGCGCAGCGGCCGGCACCAACUCCGACCUUCGAGCCGCCGUUGAUGCCGCUGUGGCGGACGGUGUGGAUGUGCUCUCGCUUUCUUUGGGGGAUUCGGUGCGCGAGUAUUUCUCACACAUUCACUACAUGAAUGCGGCUAAGGCGGGUGUGUUUGUGGCACUGGUAGCAGGCAACUCGGGGCCUCCCUCUCCUACGCAUGAUUUGGGGACGCUCGAAAACGUUGCUCCGUGGUACCUGACGGUGGGAGCAACCACCAUUGGUCGACACGGUGUGGCAAAGCUGAUCCUGGGGCACGGUGUGGCAAAGCUGAUCCUGGGCACCAUUGGUCGGCAGUUCCUUGCAAAGCUGAUCCUGGGGAAUGGGGAGGAGGUGAGGGGAGUGAGCUUCGGAGGCACCGCCGCACAGACGGUCAAUAAAGUGCUCCUGCCGGCUUCCGCUGCUGUCCGAGCAGGCGCGUCUGCUGCUGAUGCUGAUGUGUGUGACUUUACUGCCAUCGACCAAAGCCAAUUGGCUGGGAAAAUGAUAGUGUGCACAUAA